AUGACCGACACCCUUAGCGGCGGGGGAGUCGGCGGCCUGAUACUAGCAGUAGCACUCUCGCGGUACCCCGACGUUGAGGUCUACGUGUAUGAGCGCGCUGGCACAUCUUCGGAGGUCGGCGCGGGAGUCAUCAUCAUGCUGAGGCAACUCAGGUACUAUGACUUAUCCCGGGCCCCAUCACACUUCGAAGUUUCCGAUUUCGUCAAAGUGGCCACGAGGAGGGGGAUUAUCUCUUUGACGUCAUUACCAGAGGUCAUGCUACUUCACCGUGCCGACUUCCUGAACGUUCCUCUCGACGACCUCGGAGAUAACAUCAAGACGUACACACCUAAACGUCUAGUGUCAGAUCGGCCCUCCCAAGAGUCCGACGCACAGCAACGAACAGAUCAAGGCAUUCCAUCAUUCAGGCCCAGGCAUUGUGAUGUCCAAAACUUCGAGUUCGAAGAAGAAUCAAACUUUCAUCUCCCUGUUGUUCUAAGAACUGUCAAACAGCUCCACUCGAGUAGCAAAGCGCCUAAAUUACCCAGCACACGGCUGCCGGAAACAUCAUGUUCACUCCGACCUUUUGCUCUUAUGGUAGGAGUGGUUCCUGUGCAAGCGCUUGUUAUCCCAGAUACAUCAGUGCGCAGCAUCAAUAUUGGCAUGGCACCUCCACGGAACAAUGCGAUUACUAAGGUCACAGUACUGUUCUUCACGAGCGCUAAGAGAGCGCUACCUCGCGCAUCAGCUGUGUAUUCGCCACUGGCUCUGAUUAGUCCAUGCAUAGCACGGGCGAGUACUGCAUGUGGUUCAGUUAGCAACGAGGUCUUCGGGAAGUGCCACCCCUUCCACCCCAUCCCACCAUAUGCGAUGUCAUUGAACAUUUCUGAAGGACAAGAGGUGGCUACCGCCAUCCAUUGGAGCGGAUCCCCGGAUACACAGCGUACCUUGUGGAACAUCAUCGUUACUUGCCUUCUCACAAUUUUUGCAUGCGUCUAUACCGCUAUCCACCCCAACCUCCCCAGCCCGUAUGACAGCCAGCGUCAGAUUAUGCGCAGGUCAAUUGCCACUAUGGCGGUUGCAGUGUUCGCACCGGAGCUCAUCGUUGCUUGGGCGGCGCGUCAAUUCAUAACAGCGUGUAGCUUUGCCAAAGCAAUGAACGAUAGUCUUGAGGACCUGGAUUUAGGAGAUAGAGAGCGUCUUCAGCUUCCGAUGCUGCGAGAGCCUGUUGACUGUGAGGCCCAAGGAUACAAGGCGACGAAGACAUGCAGCAAAACAAAUAAGCUUUUCAAACAAAUCAUAGACACCCCCGUACAAUCUCUGCGUCGAUAUGUGGACAGACAAUUCCCCGUUCUUGCUAUGUUCACCCACCCAGCCUCUCCAUGGACAGCUACACACGGCUUUUAUGCAUGCAUGGGUGGCUUCAUGGUCUAUUACAAAUCACAGCCAUGGAGUGCCAUCACUCCAUCGAAACUACGCGAGCACCUUCUCAACGGAUCGAUUGGUCCCAUCGAAACCACGGAGAAAGAUAUAAAUGACUGCAGCAAGGGCAAUGUUUUGUCCAAAGGUCUGGUAGUUCUCCAGGUCAUCUGGUUCAUUGUGCAGCUCGCCGCACGUCACAUUAAUGGUCUCGCAAUCACCCAAAUAGAGAUUGGAACAAUGGCUUCUGCACUUUUAUGUGUGGCAACAUACGCACUGUGGUGGCACAAACCGUUGAACGUGAGGCAACCGCGAAGGUUAGACUGGAGGCUUGAUGAGGUGCCACCUAGAGACCUUCACGUAGGAGUAUGUGGUAUGGCCGAUAAUGUGCUCAUGGACGAAUAUCUAUCAUCCCUCUCCCUUCCCGCGAAAUGGGUUGCUUCUCUCAGGUUCAACAGCCUGAAGUUGAUUGGCUAUUCUAUCGGUAAUCAACGCUUUCGCAUUGAGACCUUAGGCGGGGAUGAGAUCAUCAUGAGUGGAAUCAGCAGCUUCACCCAGGGAGAGCCAAGCCUAUUCCUGAUGAUUGGGUUUCUAGGAUCAGUGUCGUUCGGCCUUGUUCAUGUAUCAGCUUGGUGGUUCCAGUUCCCUACGCGUGUGGAGCAGAUCUUGUGGUGGACUAGUUCUCUUGUUAUCUUGUUUUCUGGCCCUAUUAUGGUAUGCGUCGGAGCUGUGUUCACCGAACUGAUUGACGCGAUUGUAGCUGUGUUCUUUGUGUAUAUUCUUGCUCGGGCUGCUAUCAUCGCGAUCAUGUUCACGUCGCUGCGUAGUUUACCAUCUAGUGCUUACGUUACGAUAGAAUGGGCUGAGCUUCUGCCUCACCUUUAG